GUUGCCGCGCCUUUCUUUUCAGGUGUAACACAUUUCGAUCGGCUCUGUGAUUGAAUGCACGCAUGGUAGGGAUUCUCAUUUAAUACUUGCUUGGCGCGCGAAUUUGUUAAAAGUCUGCGGCGGUGAUACAAUGCGUGAAUUUUAUUGAACCCCUGACGCGAGACCGAUCAGCGAGUGACAGAAAAUGAGUGCCAAAUUCGCGGCCGGCAUUUCCCACGCCGAAUGUGAAAAUGAACAACUUUUAAAUCCUUUCGUUCAUCGAUUAGAGCUGGACACCACGUACGAAAAGAUUAAAACUGCUAUACUGACACUGAUAUUGGUUCCGGUCAGGGUCGGACUAAUAUGUUUCUUCGUCAUUACUGGCUGGAUGCUUGCGACAAUCGGACUGUUCGGAAUCACAGAAGAAGAGCUGCGAGACAGGCCUUUGGAAGGCUGGAGAAAGAAACUGAAAAGCAUCAUUUGUUUCUUGGGUCAGAGCAGUUUGCUAGCCGGGGGCAUGCGUUUCAAGGUCAAAGGGAGACAGGCCUCCCGCAAAGAAGCUCCCAUCUUGGUGGCGGCGCCCCAUUCAUCCUUUUUGGAUGCGGGGGUGGUCUAUAUGACCGGUCUGCCUUGCAAUAUAUGUAGACGAGAAAGCGGCAACGAUUUUCACAUAGGAAAGUUAAUCAACUACACCCAACCAAUAUACGUAUGGAGAGACGACCCGGACUCUCGACAGAACACAAUAAAAGAAAUAAUAAAAAGGGCUACUUCGGACUUAGAUUGGCCGCAGAUCUUGAUAUUUCCAGAGGGAACGUGCACAAAUAGGUCCUGUCUGAUUACUUUCAAGCCGGGGGCGUUUUAUCCUGGAGUGCCCAUCCAGCCGGUGUGCAUAAAGUACCCGAACAAACUUGACACCGUUACUUGGACUUGGGAGGGGCCCAGCGCGUUAAAGCUUUUAUGGCUGACACUGACGCAAAUUUCAAGCCAUUGCGAAGUAGAAUUUUUACCGGUAUACACCCCAAGUGAGGAAGAAAAACGAGAUCCAAAGUUGUUUGCGAACAACGUUAGGGCGGUAAUGGCCAAGGCUCUUGGUAUACCGGUAGUUGACUAUUCUUAUAACGAUUGCAAACUGAUGACGAAAGCCAAAGAGAUGAAUUUGCCGCUAGCAACUUCUUUGGUUGAGGUCAGAAAACUGAGGCGUAAAUUAGGAUUAGAGAGCAGUAAAAUAGAAGAGAAAGUACUAAACACGAACUACGCAUGCAGGGAUUGCAGCAAAGUUUCGUUUAUUGAAUUUGUUCAGCUUUUGAACAUUCCACCGAACGAGCCUGCUGCUCAGCAAUUGUUCAGGAUAUAUGACAAAGACAACACCGGUCGCAUGGAUUUCAGGGACUACAUACUCGGCGUUAUCGGUACAGAUCCGAACAGAAGCAUUUUAGACAUUGUGAGACUGGCUUGUCAAUUAUUCUCGCAAUUCCAGAUGUAUGACAACGGCAAACACGGCAAAAUAACAGCGGAGGACUUUUGCAAGGCGAUAUGCCAGACUCUGGCAUUAAGUAAAGAUUAUGCCCUCGAAGUAUUCGAUCAGGUCGAUAGAAACCAGUUGGGCUACAUAACGUUCGAAAACUUCAUUAACUACGCUCAGAAGAAAGCCGAGUUUUCGGAUCUUUUCAGCCUCAGCACGGAGGAGAAAUUUUGCCCGAAAAACGGAAACCUUUGCGCGAAUUCGCUCGAUAAAAAGAAAGACUGAUCCCCGUGUGCGAUCCACAUGUAAAGUUCGGUAUUCCACUUUUUACUACGCGCGAGGUUCUUUGUAUGCAGUGUCUAUUCCCAUAGGUAACGCUAUUAUUCGACACUAAAAAUCACAUAGCGCGUUACUCUGUUUAAACUCUGACGGAAUGAAAACCUACAGAACCACAAAACUAAGCAGUUAUAAUAAAACCCUGCAAGUAACAUCACGGGAAUUUAAUUGAAGUGCAACCGGUUUAGCUGAAAUUAAAUUUACUAGGGUUUUCUCGAUGACCCUUAUACAUUAUGCAACUGGACUUCCUCUGACUUCCAUAGAUUUUAACUUCUCUUAUUUGCCAAUUCUUCCAAAAGUAAUAUGGUGUGCCAACAUAUCCCAUUCCCUAGUAUUCCACACUGAAUUUCAUGCCAGACGGCCAAUAACAAAUUUUGAACCAUAAUUUGGCUUCUUUUUGUUUUUUACUUCUAAUCGGUAAUUUUAUUUAUUUUUUUGGCUGAAGAAAGCGUAUACGCAGACAAACUUUUUUCUUUCGAUUAAAUUUCUAUGGAUAUUACAUUGCACGAAGGGUAGGUCAAUGCUCCCCAAACUUGGGAUAUAGUCUUGUACAAUAUGUUAAUAUUUACUAUUUAUUUUAUUACUAGAAUAAUAUCGUUAGCAUAGAAUCAACCACAAUAAAGUCAAGUGGAUAGUUUUUAUAGAAGUCGCCGCCUAUAAUUCGCAAUUCUCGGAAUAAUGUUAACUACUUCAACCAUCAUUUAACAAAUAUUUGUAUAUUUUUAGAUAGAAAAUAGGAUUACGACAUACUCGAAUUUACUGCGCUGUCUGCGGUUUAUUUUGUUGUAUCAUGUUUAUUUUAAAAAUAUAAAAAUGAAAGCAGUCGAGUUGACCGUUACU